AUGCCUGUUAUUCAUAUGCUUGACUAUGCGGCGGGAAAUAUCCGUUCUCUUGUCAAUGCAAUUGAAAAGCUCGGCUGGCAAGUGGAAUGGAUUCGCUCACCAGAAGACGUCUCCAAGGCGGAGAAACUCAUUCUUCCUGGUGUAGGCCACUUUGGCCACUGCCUUACUCAAUUCGCCAACGCAGGAUAUGUUGAACCUGUCAAAGCCUAUAUCAAGUCUGGCAAGCCUUUCAUGGGAAUAUGUGUAGGCCUCCAGGCUCUGUUCGAAGGCUCAGACGAGAACAGCGCGGCCCCCGGUCUUGGGGUGAUUCCAGGUCGUCUCACUCGCUUCAAGGACAGCGACAAAAGUGUCCCGCACAUUGGCUGGAACAGUGCCAACACCGAAUCCGACGAUCAAAGCAUAUACGGUCUCCGUCCUGACAGCAAAUAUUACUACGUCCACUCGUACGCCGUUCCUUACCGCAAGGGCCAGUUUGAAGCAGACGGAUGGACUGUUGCAAAGGCUCGCUACGGAGACGAGGAGUUUGUCGGUGCCAUUGCCAAAGACAACAUCCUCGCCUGCCAAUUCCACCCCGAGAAAAGUGGUGCUGCUGGUCUACGAGUACUCAAAGCUUUUCUGGAGGGCGAGAGAUCUCAGCCUCUGAGUCAGAAAUCUUCCUCUACUAGCCAGGGUCUUACACGCCGCAUCAUCGCCUGCCUAGACGUUCGCACCAACGAUCAAGGAGAUCUGGUUGUCACCAAAGGAGACCAAUAUGACGUCCGCGAGAAAUCCGACACAAAUGCCGUACGAAAUCUUGGAAAGCCAGUUCAGAAAGCUCAGCAAUACUACRACCAAGGCGCAGAUGAAGUGACAUUCUUGAACAUCACCUCCUUCCGCGAAACGCCUCUCCGUGAUCUCCCCAUGCUGGAAGUCCUCCGCCAAGCAUCCGCGACUGUCUUCGUACCACUUACAAUCGGAGGUGGCAUCAGAGAUACGCACGAUCCAGAAACCGGACGCACAGUGCCAGCACUCGAAGUCGCAACACUGUACUUCCAAAGCGGCGCAGACAAAGUCUCAAUCGGCAGCGAUGCGGUGACUGCCGCGGAAGAGUACUACGCAGCCGGGAAGAAACUCUCCGGUAAGACGGCCAUUGAAACAAUCAGCGAAGCGUACGGAGCACAAGCAGUCGUUGUAUCCGUCGAUCCUAAACGCGCAUACGUGCGAUCUCCAGAAGAUACAACCCACAACACAGUCAAAACCUCAACCCCAGGACCCAACGGAGAGGAGUACUGCUGGUAUGCGGUGACUAUCAAAGGGGGCCGUGAAACGCGCGAUCUUGAUGCUGUGCAACUUGUCCAAGCAGUGGAAGCUAUGGGUGCUGGAGAGAUUCUGCUGAACUGUAUUGAUAAGGACGGUACGAAUUCUGGGUUUGAUCUGGAGCUUAUCAGAAGUAUCAAAGCUGCUGUGAGGAUCCCAGUCAUUGCGAGCAGUGGAGCUGGAAAUGCGGGUCAUUUCCAAGAGGUCUUUGAGAAGACGAAUGUCGAUGCUGCAUUGGGUGCUGGUAUGUUUCAUAGAGGGGAGUGGACUGUUAAGCAGGUCAAGGAGGAGCUCGGCAAGACGGGCUUGCUGGUUAGAGGGGUCGAGGAGGACAUCUGA